AUGCCGAAAUCUGUAUGGCAACAGUGCUCAGACGGCGUUGAGCUCUACGUGCCGUCAAAUGCGGCUCUGAGUGCGACCCGGCGAGCCCUCUCGCGCCUGUCAGUCAGCGAAGAGCCGGAAGCAAGCAGGCAGCCUGAUCGCGUCCAGUAUGUUGACAGCUCUCUUCCUAGCCAGCUCCCAUUUCCAGCGGCCGGAUCGGGACCGUCUAUCAAACAAGAGCCUGUAGAUGAACAGGAAGUCGAGUGCCCAAGCUCACCCAGUACUCUGUCCAUUGGUUCCGAUGACAUUCACUUCACGCCUGGAACCUCGGCGUCUGAGUGUUCUCUCCCAGCGCAACGGCAGACAGUUUUCGACCAACUCAAGGAAUAUGCUGCACCUUCCGAAUCACCUAGUCCGGCUAUCGGUGCGCCCAUCCUCGGCUCCUCGGGUUACCAGUCAGAUCGUACAGACUUCCUCCCUCUAAUAGAAACGCCGUGUCCAGACAAUGGCCAGGAUGCGACCCCGCCCCCAAUGCUGAAAAAGAGUCGUCUUUUCCGGCGUAGUGCGCAAGAGAAGAGGAAGGGGCCGACUGCUUCUGUGCGUCGUCCAGACUGGAUCAAAACGGCAGGUAGCGGCAUUCGGAAGGCCAAAUAUACACCGAUAGUGGAGCAGCGGAAGACGGACAAUAUGCUCUCCUUGGAAAAGCUUCAAAGCAUUGAGCGCGUUCCGGCACAUAAGUGGUCACAAGAUGAGAGGGAACUCCUGUGCGUAUUAUACCGUUGGUACCAUGCACCGGAUCGCACCGUUAUUCCGCAAGUCUUCAACUCGAUCACGUCCUUGAACCUUCGACAUAAUAUCAUCAAAAUCCAAUUUGAGAACCACAUCCGGUUGUACGGACGCAAAGCCUUCCGGGAAUUCGAACGAGUAUUUCACUCCGUUCCUUUUCAAGAUCCAAUGGGCCGCUACGAAGAGAUUAAGUCGAUUAUUGAAGCGACGGCGCAAAAUCUAGGCAUACCGUUAUGCAAACGAGAGGUUGAGACGAAGUUCCCCUCUGGACGAGCCGCGCGGGCGAAGUCGGAGCACACGAGGAAGAUUUACAGGACUCUAGUCCGGCAGGCCUCGCAGAACAGCAGACCCCAAGGUAGUAAGUGGCCUUCGCGCUUAGAGAGUUCAUCACCUAUGUCCGCUUUGGGCGGGUUUCCGACUGCAACCCGCGAGAAGUUCGCCGAUUCUGAAUCUUUAGUCGAUGAAGAUGCAGAAGUAUCGCCCGCCUCUAGGGUCUGCGAAGUAACAGCUUCUCCCGUAAAAUCGUUCGACACUCCCUGCCUCGCAUUCAGGGCUUGGGAUGCGAGCAGCAGAACUGUCUUCCGAGAUGGGGGCGAAGGUGAAGGUGGAGGCUUCGUCGCCGACUUGUUCGCGAAACGCCGUGGUCCCGUAACUCGACCGCUUCCUCGAGAUGAUGAGUACGGUUUAUUCGACGUUCUAGCAAACGCGCAUUUGAGCUUCAAAGGCAACGCCUCAGCGUUCGUGUCUGUAGUGACGUCGCUUCUCCAGGUGUUUAAUUAUGCAUCAAAGAUGAACGAUCCCCAGAUCGCGGUAAUCAUGCUCGAUAAUCCAGAAAUCAACAUAUCAAAUAAGCUCCAUUCCGCACGCGCCGUUAUUUCACAUCUACAAGCACAGGGAGAGAUGUGGUGGACAAGAUACAAGGCUAACUGUGAAUACCUUGUAUGGGGCGAUAUUCCCCAGUCUGCUAUUCUGCACGUCUUUCGCUACGCCGAGCUAGAGCAUCUCUCCGAGCAUGCUGCCAACGUGGCCAACUUACUCCACCUAGACUUUUUUAAUGGUCAAUCGCGAACCAAGACGAUCUCUCGCCGGCUGCAGAGGGAAAAUACGGUCUUGAACAGAGCCACUGCCAAAGUCAUGGCCGAGAUCGCGAUUGUCUUCGGGCUCGGACGCCACAGCGUCACGCAGUCGCAAAUUGCCGGAUUCAUUACUACAUUAGUUGACAGUUGGGUCAUCCAAGAUGCCCCCAUCAACGACGCGCACAGUCUAAGCGAGUUGGCCGCUUGUUUCGCCAUGGCCCUCAAUAAUUCGCGUCUGAACUUGCAGGACGUCAUGGGCGGCUUCGUCGACGGUGUAAGACGCGGGACUGACAAUAUCGCGCGGUAUGUGGGCAGACAACCGCGGACGGAGCGCUGA